AUGCAUUUCAUGUGCGAGGCCCUUUAUAGCCUUUACGGCCUGCAUAGACCAACUUUAAUAGAAAGGAGUGUCCGAAUUGCAGAACAUUGCAGAGAUUUCUUAAAAUUGUAAAAGGAUUUGGCGUUUAUUAACAUCAACAAAGAAAGAGGAAGGGAAACUGAUAAAGACACGCGCGAUUUCACAUCGCAAUUAUACGAGACAUUAUGGUAAAAUAUUCCUCGCGAAUAUAGUGGACAGGCACGAUUAAAUCUGGAACUCGCUAUUCGAGAAUAAAAAAUGACCCUUAUGGAUUUCUUCGGUUGCGCCUGUUUGGCUUUCGGCCCACCGUUAGCCAUGUUCACAUUUACUAUCGCUGCUGAGCCUAUCAGGAUAAUCAUAUUAAUCGCCAGCGCUUUCUUCUGGCUCAUCUCCCUGUUGCUGUCGUCGGUGCUUUGGUAUGCUGUCGUUCCGCUGCAAGAGUAUCUUGCAUUUGGCUUGAUCUUUUCUGUACUGUUCCAGGAAAGUUUUAGGUACCUAUUAUAUUGGGUGCUGCGAAAAGCCGAGAGAGGAUUGGAAAAAGUCACAACGACGCACGUGGCUGACAGCAGACAUGUGUUCGCAUAUGUUUGCGGUUUGGGUUUUGGCUUCAUGAGUGGUGCCUUCGCCUUGGUCAACGUCUUAGCCGACGCGGUUGGACCCGGUACCAUGGGACUUCGACAGGGCACCGAAUUCUUUUUCAUAAUAUCAGCUGCCACCACUCUGUGUUUCAUUCUUCUACACACAUUUUGGGGUGUCAUUUUCUUCUCAGCCCUAGACAGGAAGAAUUGGGGACAGAUCAUCUGGGUGGUGGGAUCGCACUUAAUCGUCUCAUGUAUGACCUUGCUUAAUCGUUAUCAGGCAUAUGUGGCCAGUUUACUUUCUGUUUACGCAGUGCUGGUAAUAACGACUACACUUGCGUUCAGAAUCGCUGGUGGACAAAGGCAGUCUUUUAGUCUCUGUUUCCAGAGAAGCUGAGAGCUUACAAAAGUUACUUAACAUUCAUAGUUAAGAGAUCCACUUCUGGCGUCAUAACAACAAACAUUUUUUUCCCUUUAGAUGCUAUUUUAAGAAAGUUAUUACUUUAUUGUACAAGGUGUCCCAAAUUUAAAUAUUAAAACUUUGGGAGCGUAUGAGGAAUUGAUAAACUAAGAAACGGAGAUCGUGCUCGUUUUUGCUUUGUUUUGAAGAAAAUUGUAAAAAAGAUUAAAAAAUGUUUUUGUUCUUUACUUUUUAUUUAUUUAUUUACUUACACUGAAUCUAUAUUUGACAAUUCCUUAGGUUAAUUUUUCUUGUAAAUACAGCUUUAUCCAACCACAUUUUUGAGGGAGAUGAAUUAUCAUGUAAUUAAUUUUAUAUUAAGCAAAUGUUAUCACAAUUCCAUAGCUCCAGAUGUUAUAUUGAUUUAAGAAAUAAAGAUCUGAAUUAAAAAUUCUUGUUUUUGGGAUAAAAUUUAUGCUAUAGACAUGUAUUAAUACUUUAAGAAAGAAAUUUCCAAAUUUAUAAAUGUAAUACAUACGAAAAUUAUUGUAUUUAACCAUUCUGGCGAAAAUAUAAAAUUUUUUGAAGCGUCA